AUGCCAUUGUUAAAGACGGACAGGCAGUCAAAGCAAUAUGGCGGAGAAAAUGAUCGUCUGAAUUGUAGUAUUUGUUUAAACGACUUCAAGAAGCCUAAAAUCUUGGACUGUUUUCAUUCAUUUUGCGAGAGUUGCUUAAGUGAUUAUGUCAGUAAAUUUGAAGAAAAUGGCGAAUUUAUGUGUCCGCUGUGUAGACGCAGUAUCCCAAUCCCCUCUGGUGGGGUGAAGGACUUGGCUUCUAAUGUUUACAUUGAAGAAAGACAAGGCGUCCAUCAACCUGAAAGUAACCCACCAUGUAAUAUUUGUGAUAAGGCUAUCCAAUCACAAUUCAGGUGUAAAGAUUGUGACAAAUUCCUGUGUGACUCGUGUAAAACUACUCACGAUUUGUUUUUUGGAGGCUUGGAGUUAAACCAUUACGUCAUAUCACUUGACGAAGACGAUUCGGAUGACGUCAAACCUGUGCGCCAUGUCAUUUGUCAACAUCACCAGAAGAAGUUUGCAGUUUAUUGUUCAGACUGUUCCAAAGUAAUUUGUUCUAAAUGUUCAAAGAAAGAACACGAACGUCAUACAAUAAUAAACACCGAGGACACUGAUCAAGUUAUUAAAGCGGCUAAAGCAAGUCUGGACAAACUAAAGGAGGACAUAGACCACCAGAUCCAACGACUAUGUGAUUGUCGAGAUGUGGUAAAAAUGUCAUUGUCAAGUCUCCACGAAUCAAUAACAACAGCCUGUAAUAUGGUGGAUCAGCAAGUUACGACUAUUUGUAAAACAGUAAAAUCUCAAGGUGAAAUAAUCAAACAUGAUAUCAAGAAAUCCCAGAUUGAUGAAGCGAAACUCAACCAGAUGCACGAAGAACUCGUCACCUUAAUCGAUGAAUUAAAAACAGGUCAUGACGAAUUAUCUGACCAUCUGACAACCGGUGAUUCUGUGGAUGUAUUAGAUGGGUUCUCUGAUCUGAAGAAGAGAUUAACGGAUUUAGAAAAUAGACCGUUUUAUAUUCCAGAUUUUAAGCUACCAAGUUUGAAGUUGGGUUAUGUUGGUGGCCAUGCGAUGUGUAAUACAAUAGGACAGGUAGAAUAUACUCAGAGACAAUCAAUACAACAUACCUUUAGUUUAUAUUCCAGAGUUUAAGAUACCAAGUGUGAAGUUGGGGGAGGAAUACUGUCAGUCGUUACCUAAUGCAAUAGGACAGGUUGAAUAUACUCAAUCAAUACAACAUACUUUUAUUUUUAUUGAUAAUGCCACCGAAAAGACUUUAUCAAGUCCAUGUUUUAUUGUGCAGGGUACUCCAUUGCAUUUGGAAUUGCUUUUGAUUCUGAGGUCACGCUCGAAACACUGGGUACUGAAACUUGGCGAAACCAAUUCAAACAAAGCCAAUACUCCUGGAGAAUAGAUCGAGGUUUGGGUUUUAAUGUAGUUAGUAAUAAACUCGAAACCGUAACAAUUAAAGCAACAUUUACACCCCCAAAUCACGAUAUGGCGAUUGCUAAUAUUUAACAACAUAAAAUAUAUACUUUUUGUUGUUAGUUUGGAAUUAAAUGUAAAUAAAUAACGCAAGGUUGGAAUCUUCGUAACAAAGGCGCAUCAUAUUGCAAACAUGAACGUCAUGUUUUCAUAUUCAAAAGUUUCUUCUUCAGAUGAUCGGCUGAAAAAUGUGAAUAAUAGACAGGAAGAAACGAUAUAGAAAAAGCCGUAUUCAGUAUUGGGUUAUUAAAGUCCCGAUGCGCCAUUUUUAGCAAUAAGAAAAAAGUUCAAACAACAUGAUUGUAACAGACAAAUCUCUAAUAGAAAUAUCAGUCUAAAAAUGGUUCAGUUCCGUUCAGUAUUUACAAAGAUAUGUGGAAUUGAAAUUUUAUCAUCUAUGCUGUUCGCUUUGUAACAAGACGCCGCUGUCUUUUAUCGGUAUCGGUAGAAACCCGAUAGGCCUAGUUUACAUCUGAUUGAAUUCAAUCCCGUGUUCUGAUUUUAUUUUCUUAAUCAAUCUGAGUAUAUACUAACGUGUAUUGAGCCGUGAGAAAUUUGAUAUUUUUGCGAAGAUGCAAAUGGCGCAUCGAGACUUUAAAGGUCAAAAAUUGAUUAAACCAUAUCUUCAUCUUACAAAAUCAUUUAUUUAAAGAUGUAUGAUGUAAGAGAUAAAUCGGCCUAUAGCAUGUCUUUGUUUUGGCUUCAAAUGUUAUAAAAACUAUUUUUUAGACAUCUAUUCACAUGACAAGUCCAUAAUCUAUGGAAGCGUAUUUGGGUCACUACUUAUUGAGAUAAUAUCGCAACACAUCGAACUAAAAUAUGUCAACUUCAUGAGUUAUAUUACAAAAAAUCGACUUAAUAAGUCGACUCGACGCAUUAAAUUCACCUCAAAAUGACAAAAACUAUGUCGAUAUGUUUACAUUAUGCCAUUAGUCGAUUUGACUCUAAAUCAACAAGUCAUAUUUUAAUGCAAUAUAUAGACUUAAUAAUGUCGCCGUUUUCAGUUAUGUACCACGUGCUUAAUUUCAUUGCCCGAGAUUGCUUAUUCAUGAAAGUGCAGCCAAUGAUGGGGUUUAACGUCCACUCGACACAAACUAGGUCAAUUCGGGACUAACAUAUGGUUUAAUUUUAGGGGUCUUUAGCAGUGGGAGGAAACCGGAGGACCCGGAGAAAACCCACUAGGUUGGACACGCAACCCUACUCCUUGUCACGUACAACCGGAAUCUCCUACCAGUCUUUUUUGAUAUCAAAAAAUAUCAACACAAGUUGAUAAAGUAACAAAAUACGAGGCUCUGCCGAGUUUUUUUUUACAUUAUCAACGAGUGUUGAUAUUUUUUGAUAUCAAAAAAGACGAGUAGGAGAUUUUAUUUAUCACCCAAUCCCUUCUUACAUGCACAAAUAGAUAGAUAUAAUUCUUUGCUGUAGAUUUCCCUUUAACUGAACAUUACGGCGUAGUGAUACAUCAUUUUUUGACAGCAAUUAAACCAUUGCACAAGUCCUUUAUAUUGACCCAGUGUUUCCAUCAAGAUCAAUUGAAUAAUAAUAGUUAAUUUUUAAUAAAAAAAAAUGUUACUUUUAAUAAUAAAUGAACUGUUCUUUGAAAAUAAAAAAAGUAGUUCCUUUUCAACUGACCAAUCAAAUUCAUGUAAAGCGAUAUCUCCUAAGGAGAUAUCGCAGUAGAUUAUGAAAUACAUCACACAAGCGAUAUCUACUGUAGAAUGUAUUAUUGGGUGAUAAAAUUAUUUCUGCAAUGGGUCUUUACGAGAAUAAAGAUUAUUAGAUUC